UAUUUUCGAACCAGGAAGUGUCUCGAGGAGCCGCCGCCGCCGCCGCCGAAGAUGUUGACGUUCAGUUUAACGCUCAUACGACAUGGGGAAACACAGUACAACAGAGACAAGCUGCUGCAAGGUCAAGGCGUGGACACUCUCCUGUCGGAGACAGGCGCGCGGCAGGGCGAAGCAGUCGGACGAUACCUCGCAGACGUCACAUUCAACCGCGUGUACGCCAGUAACUUACAACGGGCGGUGCAGACAGCUGAAAUAAUCCUGAGGAGCAACAGUCACUGUUCUGGCAUGGAGAUGGUUCUGGAGCCGUUGCUCAGAGAGAGGGGUUUUGGCGUCGCUGAAGGGCGUCCCAAAGAGGAUCUGAAGAACAUGGCCAACGCUUCCGGCCAGGCGUGUCGUGACUACACUCCACCAGGGGGAGAGACUUUGGUCCAGGUGAAGCUGCGGUUCAAAAAAUUCCUAAAAGUGCUUUUCAAGCAAAUGUGGGACGAGCAUGGCUCGCCGGGGCCAGACGCCUCCGCUGGAGCAUCGGGGGCGGCUGCCGCCUCAGACCCGGCCUCUGGUGGGUCGGCCGACGACGGCCUGCAGGGACUGUCGGCCCACGCUCUGGUCGUGAGCCACGGCGCCUACAUCCGCGUUGCCGUCGUGCACCUCGUGGAGGACUUGAAGUGCUCCCUGCCUCCCGGGGUGAAGAUGUCCCAGCUGUUUUCCCCGUGUCCCAACACCGGCAUCAGCCGCUUCAUUCUCACUCUCGCUCAGUCCGAUUCGGGCCCGGUGCUCUCUGCCGCCCGGUGUGUUUUCACCAACAGAAAGGACCACCUGGAAAACCUCACGGCUGCCGAAUAGCGUAAACGGAAAAGAAAUGGGGUCAAAGUUUUAUGGGGGCAGCAUCUGCGCACAGUAUAUAUAACUGACGUAUAACAAAACAAUCAUAAACAUUAAAGGGAAAUAAGAGGCAAAGACCUCACAGUUACUGUCACAGGUAACUGAACACAACAAAGCACAGGGUAAAUUCUGUUUCUCAGUAAUCGAUGUGUUCUACUGUGGAUCAAUAGUCGAAAUAUUUGUCCGUAGGAGUAUUAUGAAACCAUUUCAUCCUUCCAACUGUCGGCCAGUAAGGACUCACGUGUCAUUCUCCUUAUUUAAUAUUUUAUUGCCUUUAUUUUUUAUCAUGUUAUACCAAAGUGGGACUAUUUAACGUGAACACUGUCAGUGGGCGAGGCGUUUCUCCGUCGAUGCCUCUCCUGUGAUGCGGUUGUGCGGCUGCUCAUUUUUACUCAUGUGCAAUACGAGAUGACACCACUGGAUCUUUGUUGAGUUUGUGUUAAAUAAGACAUUUUUUUAUGCUUAUAUAUAUAAAUUAAAGAAAGGUUGCAGGCAUCUGAAUAUGCUGCUGUGAAACGACAUUUAUGGAAUCCGUUGAUGUAUUCGUUCGUGGGUGCUACGACACAACAAACGCAUUGUGAUCUAUUUAUGUUAAUAAGCUGAAAAUAAAAUCCAUAUCCCAUUGAA